AUGAAAGUGUUUGGUAAAUUCGACUUGGCGGUGGAGGAAGGGGUGCGUAUUAUGAAUGAGGGAGAUGAGAUGGUGGAUGAUGUGGAUGGUGAGGAGAUUGUUGUGGGGGAGGAUGAAUUGAGUAGAAAACGUAGAGCUCAAAGUGAUUUUUGGUUAAAUCUAAAAAUCAAGGAGAAUAUGUUGAUACAAAAGUCGAGAUUAAAAUGGUUGAAUGACGGAGAUUCUAAUAGUAGGUACUUUCACAAUGUCAUGAAUUCGAGGAGGAUUCGUAAUCAUAUUGGCUUCAUUGUCACUGAUAGAGGAGUAGUAGAAUCGGUGGAGGAGGUGAAGAAGGAGACAAAAUUGUUUUUUGAGGAGAAAUUCUCAGAGGCUAUGGGAGGGAGACCGAUUUUAGAGGACAUUUCCUUCUCAAAGCUCAAUCGGGUAGAGAGAGAUGGUCUUGAAUAUCCUUUUUCGGAAGAAGAGAUAAAGGAGGCAAUUUGGAGUUGUGAUGGAGCUAGAAGUCCGGGUCCGGAUGGGUAUUCUUUUAGGUUUAUCAAGAAAUGUUGGCACUUUAUGAAGGCGGACUUUAUUAAUUGUCUAUCUUGUUUUCAUCGGGAGGCUUUGCUUUCAAAGGCGAUCACUUCUUCUUUUCUUACUCUCAUUCCGAAAAAUUCCAAUCCUUUGGGUCUUAAUGAAUAUAGACCUAUUUGCCUUGUUGGUUGCAUUUACAAAGUCAUUUCCAAAAUUUUGGCGUCUAGAUUGAAGAAAGUGCUUAGCUCGGUUGUGUCCGAAUGCCAAAGUGCUUUUGUGCCGGGAAGACAAUUAUUGGAUGGGGUCUUAGUUGCUAAUGAAGUUAUUGAUUUGGCUAGGAAGGAUGGCUUAGGGUGUUUACUCUUUAAAGUAGACUUUGAGAAAGCCUAUGAUAAUGUUAGUUGGGAUUUUUUAAGAUUUAUGUUGAGAAAAAUGGGUUUCGGUGCCAAAUGGCUAAAGUGGAUGGAGGCUUUGAUUUUUGAGAGUAAAAUGUCGGUUCUUGUCAAUGGAAGUCCAACCGCCGAAUUUGUUGUCAAGAAGGGAUUGAGACAAGGGCACCCUCUAUCUCCUUUUCUUUUUGUGAUAGUAGCGGAAGGUUUGAAGGGAAUGGUUAGGAAGGCGGUGGAGUUAGGAGAGUAUGUCGGUUUCAAUGUUAGAAGAAAGUGUAGUGUGGAGUUACUUCAAUUUGCGGAUGACACCCUUUUGGUAGGCGAGGGAAAUUGGAAGCAACUUUGGGUUAUAAAGGCUAUUCUUAGAGGAUUCGAACUAGUGUCGGGUCUUGGUAUCAACUAUCACAAAAGCAAUUUUCUUUGGGGAGGCGUGGGGGAAAAGAGGAAAGUUCAUUGGGUUAAUUGGAAGACUAUUUGCUUACCGGUUGAGAAAGGUGGUCUUGGUAUUAGAAGGAUAAAAGACUUCAAUAUAGCGCUUCUAAACAAAUGGCGGUGGAGGAUUUUUUCGGGUUCGGAAGCUCUUUGGUAUAAGGUCUUGAAAGCAAGAUAUGGUGAUAUUAAUGUUAAAGCGGCUUCGUGUGUGAGCUCUAUUAACGGUAAAGAUUCGCAUUCUAAAUGGUGGGCGGACAUUCUUUCGUUGGGUAUAUCUUAUGUGGAGGAUUUUUUCAUGGACAAUUGCAAGUUUGUCUUAGGCGACGGUUAUAAUAUAUCAUUUUGGCAUUCCAAGUGGAUAGGCACUAGGAGCUUGAGGGAGUUGUUUCCGGAGGAGUAUGCUUGUUCGAACUUGAAGUUUGUGUCGGUAGCGGGGAUGGGAGGGUGGAAUUCGAAUGGGUGGGCGUGGGACAGAUUUGGUCUGGACGCUGCUGGAAGUGUUGGGGCGGACAGCAUGGUGCAGAAAAUCUCGGAAAUGCUGCAGCAUGUGCAGCCGGUUUCGGAAGCAAGGGAUGGCGUGAUUUGGUUGGCGGAUCCGGAUUUCUCUUUCACGGUACGUAGUUGUUAUGAUUUGUUUAAUUUCUACCAUCUUCCGCGAGGACCGGAUCUUCAACUUGUUAGUGUUUUCUCCCUCAUUUGGAAAUUGAUGAUCCCUAUUAAAAUCAAGUUCUUUGGAUGGAGGUGUUUGCUUGAUAGGUUACCAACUAGGGACUUACUCUUGUAUAGAGGAAUUUCCAUCUCUUCACCUAAUGUCUGUGUUUUUUGUGAGAUGGAGAAGGAGUCAUUGUCCCAUUUUAUUUUUUCUUGCCGUAUAUCUCGCUUGGUUUGGAAAGAAAUAGCUUCGUGGAUUGGAUUUUCCGAGUUUCUUUUUGUGGAUGUUUGGAGUAGUUUUUAUGAUUAG